AGAGUUCCGCCUGGCGCUGGGGAGGAGAGUGUGACGGAGUUCACGUUAAGGGUGCAUCGUGAACUGGAAAGUGCGGGAAUCAUCACAGAUUAUCGGAACCCCAAUUUGAUACGGUUGGCCCCGGCACCGUUGUAUUGCCGGUUUGGUGAUGUUGGUGAAUUUAUUCGCCGUCUAAAA